GUAACCUGAAAGGCUUAGCCAAGGGGUGGAAAGUGUUAAUUAUCAGUAGGAGGAGUGCUAGCAUUUGUGGAACAAAAAUCUGAUACAAGUGAUGGCAUAUACAACAGUGAGCAUUACUACCUCCCCAGUUGGCACAAAAACUAAAGACAUCUUCCGAGAAAAUGAUGGUCUUCGUAGAUCACAGUCAGGCAAAGAUCUUUGUAAACAAGCAGGUCUUCGAAGGUCUUAUUCUGAUAACAACCUUUGUCACUCUAUAAAUCGUGUACGUGCAGCAUCAACACAACCAAAACUGAAGAGCAGCCCUUCAGUUGGAUUCUUCCCAUUUCAGAUAACUAGCUCUAUAAUCCCAAAUUCAGUAAGAUCGUUUUUAUUUGAACCUGAAACGAGUAAAGAUAUGAAUAUAGAAGAGAAGGACAUGAAUAUUGUUGUUGACGAUGCUGAGGAGAGCAGUGAAGAAGAAAGGAAAAUAAAUAGGGCAAAUUGGGUGGAGAGGCUUAUGCAAAUCAGAAAAGAAUGGGCGAGUAGGCCGCAAGAAGAGAAUAAAGAUGGAGAAGAUGCUCGUGAAGAGGAUGAAAAUAGUUUUCGUGAGUGUGAUGCAAAUGAGGGUGGUUGUGAGGUAGGUUAUGGUUCUGAAGUCGAAGAAGGAGGUGAAGUUAGAUAUGACCGUGAAUCCUUCUCAAGAUUAUUGGUUAGAGUACCAUUGUCUGAUACCAAGCUAUUUUCUCAACUGGCUUUCUUGUGCAACAUGGCUUAUGUGAUACCUGAGAUUAAGGCUAAGGAUUUGAGAAGGUACUAUGGCAUUCAGUUUGUAACAUCUUCCCUCGAAAAGAAAGCAGAGGCAGCUGCCAUAAAAGAUGAACUCAAUCAAGACUCUAUUCCUGUACCCGACCCAAUAGUCGCUCAAUCUUAUUCAGAAAACACUCUGAAACUUGAGCAGAUACGUCCAACUCGACCAUCUGUUGCUUCUAAGAUUGCGGCAUCAGCUGCAUCUUAUGUUCAAUCCCGUGCUAAGGACCUUCUGUCUCUUGGCUCUGAUUCACGCGAGGAUGCUGAUAUAAAUUUAUGUGACAAUAGAGACCAACCACAAGAAGUUGAAGGGAAUUCUCCUCGAGUAUACAAAUCAGAGGUAGCUGCUUACGUAGCAGCAUCAACAAUGACUGCAGUUGUUGCAGCAGGAGAGAAGGAAAAGCUAGAGGCUGCAGAGGAUCUUCAGUCCCUUCAUUCUUCACCUUGUGAAUGGUUUGUUUGUGACGAUUCAAGCACAUACACUCGCUGCUUUGUGAUUCAGGGAUCGGACUCCCUGGCAUCUUGGCAAGCUAAUCUUUUCUUCGAGCCUACUAGAUUUGAGGGAACAGAUGUGCUUGUUCAUAGGGGAAUUUAUGAAGCUGCAAAAGGAAUAUACGAGCAAUUCAUGCCAGAGAUCAUGGACCAUGUAAAUAAAUAUGGUGAUCGUGCAAAGCUUCAAUUUACUGGUCAUUCGCUUGGUGGUAGUCUCUCUCUUCUUGUAAAUUUGAUGCUAUUGACUAGAAAUAUUGUCAAGCCCUCUUGUCUUCGACCAGUAGUUACCUUUGGUUCACCGUCUGUGUUCUGUGGAGGCCGAAAGAUACUCGAUUAUUUGGGAUUGGACGAGAGCCAUGUUCAUUGUGUGAUGAUGCAUAGAGAUAUUGUACCUAGAGCCUUCUCCUGCAACUAUCCCAACCAUGUGGCCUUAGUCCUCAAGCGUCUGAAUGGUCCCUUACGAUCACACCCUUGUCUAAAUAAAAAUAAAAUGUUAUACUCUCCAUUGGGCAAAAUUUUUGUUCUCCAACCGAAUGAGAAAUCAUCUCCUUCGCAUCCACUUCUUCCUCCGGGGAAUGCUCUAUAUGCCCUAGACAAGACCCAGUUUGGGUACACCAGCGCAUUAAAUUCCUUCCUAAACUGUCCCCACCCUUUAGAUACUCUAAGUGAUCCUACUGCAUAUGGUUCAGAAGGCACAAUCCUAAGAGACCAUGACUCAAGCAAUUACUUGAAAGCUGUAAAUGGAGUUCUUAGACAACAUACAAGGAUGGUGUUUCGUAAAGCCAGAAAACAGAGGAAUCUAUUAUGGCCUUUGCUUACUUCACCUUCUCCACACUCCUGGAGCCAUGAAAAUAACUUGCAGGGUGAUAAGUUGUUGACGAAGGAGGUUAUGACUGGUGUUUGA